AUGCGCUCCUUCGCAGUCACCGUCCUCACCCUCCUAGGCGCGGCCAGCCUUGCCACCGCCGCCGCCGUGUCACCUCUCUCGGCCCGCCAGGAAGGGUCCCGGCCCUGCGGCUUCAAGAUCGCCCCCUGCGACGCUGGCCAGGUCUGCGAGCAGGUCGACCCGGAGUGCGCCCGCGGCGAUACCUGCGAGGGUAUCUGCGUCGCCGCGCCCUCCUGCGGCGGCAUUACGGCGACCGUCUGCGAGAACAAGGAGCACGUGUGCGUCGACGACCCGUCGGAUGACUGCGACCCGGCCAACGGCGGCGCCGACUGCAGCGGCAUCUGCGUCAAGCCCGUCACGUGCGGUGGUUUUGCUGCUCUCGAGUGCCCUUUCGCCGGCCAGAAGUGUGUCGACGACCCGACUGACAUCUGCACGGCUGACUGUGCCGGUAUCUGCGUCUAA